AUGGCUCUUCCUAAGCGUAUCAUCAAGGAGACGGAGCGUCUCAUGGCCGAGCCUGUUCCCGGCAUCGAGGCUGUUCCCCACGAGGACAACUUGCGCUACUUCGAUGUCAAGAUUCACGGCCCUUCACAAUCUCCUUACGAAGGCGGAAUCUUCAAGCUCGAGCUGUUCCUGCCCGACGACUACCCCAUGACUCCUCCCAAGAUCCGCUUCCUUACCAAGAUCUACCACCCCAACAUCGAUCGUCUCGGUAGAAUUUGUUUGGACGUUUUGAAGAGCAAUUGGUCGCCUGCUCUGCAAAUCCGUACUAUCCUUCUCUCCAUUCAAGCCUUGCUCGGUGCACCCAACCCCGAUGACCCGCUCGCCAACGAUGUUGCCCAGAGAUGGAAAGAGGACCAGAAUGCCGCCAUUCAAACCGCAAGAGAGUGGACCCAGCAAUAUGCUAAGCCUUGA